GUAUCCGUGUCCUUCACCUACUGGAAGAUGGACGGAAUUAGGGGAAAAAGGCGGUUCUCAAUUUCUCGAGGUUACAAUUUUUUCUCGAUUCAAGCUACUACUUCUGUUUACUACAGAUUAGAGAUUACCAGUACUGCUAGGGCAGGUGUCGCUGAGCGAUGGGGCGGAUUUUUGUUGUUGAAAGGGAAGGGAGGUCGUACAGAUGCCGGUUCUGCAACACGCAGUUAGCUCUCGCCGACGACCUUGCCUCUCGGGCCUUUCAUUGCCGCCGUGGAAAAGCAUACCUUUUCAAUUAUGCGAUAAACAUUUCAUUGGGAGCAUUGGAAGAGAGGAUGAUGCUCUCAGGAUUGCAUACUGUCGCAGACAUAUUUUGUUGCUCAUGUGGACAAAUUGUCGGGUGGAAAUAUGAGGCAGCACAUGAGAAGAGCCAGAAGUACAAGGAGGGCAAGUUCGUUCUUGAAAGGGGGAGGAUAAUCGACGACAUUGAAUUCUCAACUGGCUUCUACAUAGACACUCGGUCUGGUAUGAGUGAUAGUGAAGAUAAUUAAGGGCAUGAUAUUAUAUUGUUAUUAAAUAUAGAUACCAUAUAUUAUGAAGGUAAGUAGGACUAGGACUAGGGACUUGAUAUUAUAGUGUUAUUAGAUAUCAUAUACUAUAAUAAUCAUUAAACGAUGAAUGUUCAGGUUCUGUAUAUAAUCUAAUAAUGUCUGGACUCUGGACUAUGUGAAUGUAGGGUUCUCUAGAUGAGGAUGCUGUUUCGCUCCAUUUGACUCAAUUUGGUUCGUAAACUUUUUAGGUA